CACUUCACCCAGGCGCUUAAACUAAAGCCCACGGGCUCACCGGAGCACGCCGCCCAUGGCCUGCUCCACCGCCCAGAUUCAGGCCGGUCCAAUCCCUCCCGCGCUGCCAACCCCAUCCGCGCCGUCUGCUCUACGCUCCUCAACACGUGUCGCCAUCUCGCGCUCUACGCAGCUCGUAAUUGAACUGCUCAGAAACCACCCUGUAACAUCCAACGUCGCCUGGAGAGGAGAAGAAGAUAUCACUUGCAAGCCUCGAUUCCACAGGCUAGGGGAGGAGAUCGGAGAUGGCUGCGGGUUGCGGCAGAAGGUUCGACGCUGGCGAUGCUCCGGCGAGACGGUGUAACCUGGAGAGAUUCCUCGAGGCCACCACGCCUGUGGUUACGCCGAGCUCCUCCUCCAAGGAGGGCGUGAAAGGUUGGAGUCAAUCAGAAGCAGAUGAUUCAUUGCCGUUCUUCACUCUGGGAGACCUCUGGGACGCAUUCAGGGAGUGCAGCGCAUACGGCACUGCUGUACCUCUUGUUCUAAAUGGUUGCAGCGAUGGCGUUGUUCAGUACUACGUCCCUUACUUAUCUGCAGUCCAGCUUUACGGCGGAUACAGGAGGCAAACCGGCCCUUCCAGGACGGGUGCAGAGGAGAGCGACAGCGACCUGGAGCAUGAGACAAGCUCCAGCACGAACGCGUCCUCAGCCCAGGAAACCAGCGAGAGCUCCAGCGGCAGCGAAGCUUCGAGCGACGACGGCGAAUCCGGAAGCUGCCACGAGCAGCUCCUCUUCGAGUUCUUCGAGUCUGAGUCACCCUACCAACGCGAACCGCUGGCCGACAAGAUUUGCAGCCUCGCGAAGCGGUUUCCAGAGCUGCAGACCCUCAGGAGCUGCGACCUGUCGCCUGCGAGCUGGAUCUCCGUCGCAUGGUACCCGAUAUACCGGAUCCCGACGGGGCCAACGCUGCGCGACCUGGACGCGUGCUUCCUCACCUACCACUCCCUCUCCACGCAGUUCGCAGGCGAUAGCAGCCACGGCCUCAAACCGACGACGGCGACCGCCACCGCGUGCGCGAGGACGCCCGUGACGGCGAAGUGGCUCCCGACGUUCGCGAUGGCGUCGUACAAGCUGAAGGGCGCGGCGUGGACGCCGGGCUGGCGCGACCGGCAGCUCGCGGCGUCCCUCGCGCAGGCCGCCGAUGCAUGGCUCAGGCUCCUGCGCGCCGACCACCCGGACCACCGGUUCUUCGCCGCCCGGCGCGUGCCCAGCAGGAGAUGGUGAUUGGUUCAGUGAAAGCUCAGCUGUUCAGUCACAUGCACGAUUUGUUAGUACACUGCAACCAAGAACACAUAAAUGUAAUAUGUGCUUCUUCUUCUUCUUUUAUCUUACUAAUUCUGAAGGUAGCGUUCAGUGAGACAAA